AUGGACAGAAAGACUAUGAUUCCAGGAUGUGGGGCUUUAGGAGAUUCAUCAGUUGCAAUAAACUUAUAUAAGUUGUCAACCCUGCCUAAAUUAGAAGGUUAUCUACCUAUCAGGCAUCCUUUGACUCUGACCAUAAAGGCUAAAUACAAACAUGACAGCAGCAAAUAUGAUGGCAACAAUUAUGUUUGUGAUAUGUUGCACUCUGCUGUGACCAGGAUCCAAGUACAAAGACCUGGUUUCAAUUACACAUUUGCCCAUAUAUGUAUCCUGAAUAACGACAAGACUUGCAUAGUGGAUGACAUAGUGCACGUAUUGGAGGAACUGAAGACCGCUCGUUCUUCUAAUCGAACAAAUUUUGCUAUCACAUAUCCAAUCACUCACUUAAAGGAUGGCAGGGAAGUGUAUAAUGGGCACCAGCUUGGUGGAGUUACUGUGCACAGCAAAGAUCGGGUGAAGUCUGCAGAAGCCAUUCAGCUCACCUACUACUUGCAGGCAAUCAACUCCCUGAAUGACAUGGUAGCGGAAAAGUGGGAAUCCAUUUUUUGCGACACUGUUGAACUUUUCCAGAAAUCUAACAGGAAAGUCAAAAUGUAUCCCUUCACUUCUUCUUCACUGAAAGAGGAUUUCCAGAAGACUAGCAGGGUGUCAGAACGUUACCUGAUCACAAGUCUAGUACUUGUGGUCAGCUUGGCUAUACUCUGCUGCUCCAUGCAGGAUUGUGUCCGUAGCAAACCUUGGCUUGGUCUCCUAGGCUUGUUAACAAUAAGCCUAGCCACUCUGACUGCAGCUGGAAUCAUUAAUCUAACUGGUGGGAAAUACAAUUCCACGUUCCUGGGAAUUCCCUUCAUCAUGUUAGGUCAUGGGUUAUAUGGGACUUUUGAAAUGUUAUCCUCCUGGAGGAAAACCAGAGAAGACCAACAUGUUAAAGAGAGAACUGCAGCUGUGUUUGCAGACUCCAUGCUCUCCUUUUCUCUCACCACUGCCAUGUACCUGGUCACUUUUGGAAUAGGUGCCAGUCCCUUCACUAACAUUGAAGCAGCCAGGAUUUUCUGCUGCAAUUCCUGUAUUGCAAUUUUCUUCAACUACCUCUAUGUACUCUCCUUUUAUGGUUCCAGCCUGGUGUUUACUGGCUACAUAGAAAACAACUACCAGCAUAGUAUCUUCUGCAGAAAGGUACCAAAGCCAGAGGUAUUGCAAGAGAAGCCUGCGUGGUAUAGGUUUCUUCUGACAGCCAAAUUCAGUGAGGACACAACAGAUUCAGAGGAAACAAACACUUACGAAAGUCAUCUAUUGGUAUGUUUCCUAAAACGCUAUUACUGUGACUGGAUAACAAACACUUAUGUCAAGCCUUUUGUAGUUCUCUUUUACCUUGUUUAUAUUUCCUUUGCCUUAAUGGGCUACCUGCAGGUCAAUGAAGGGUCAGACCUUAGUAACAUUGUAGCAACUGCAACUCAAACCAUUGAGUAUACUACUGCCCAGCAAAAGUAUUUCAGUAACUACAGCCCAGUCAUUGGGUUUUAUAUCUAUGAGUCAAUAGAAUACUGGAACACAAGUGUUCAAGAAGACGUGCUAGAGUAUACCAAGGGGUUUGUGAGAAUAUCCUGGUUUGAGAGCUACUUAAAUUAUCUUAGGAAACUCAACAUAUCUACUGGAUUGCCCAAAAAGAAUUUUACUGAUAUGUUGAGGAACUCUUUCCUGAAAGCCCCCCAGUUUGCCCAUUUUUCAGAGGAUAUCAUCUUUUCCAAGAAAUAUAAUAAUGAAGUCGAUGUAGUGGCUUCCAGGAUGUUCUUGGUGGCCAAGACGAUGGAAACCAAGAGAGAAGAACUUUAUGAUCUCCUGGAAACCUUGAGGAAGCUCUCUCUCACCUCCAAGGUGAAAUUCAUCGUUUUCAAUCCAUCAUUUGUGUACAUGGAUCGUUAUGCCUCCUCAGUGGGAGCCCCCUUACAAAACUCCUGCAUCAGUGCUUUAUUUCUGCUCUUCUUCUCUGCAUUCCUGGUGGCAGACUCUCUGAUCAAUGUCUGGCUCACUCUAACUGUUGCCUCAGUUGAAUUUGGAGUUAUAGGUUUUAUGACCUUGUGGAAAGUGGAACUGGAUUGUAUUUCUGUGUUGUGCUUAAUUUAUGGAAUUAAUUAUACAAUUGACAACUGUGCUCCACUGUUAUCAACUUUUGUCCUGGGCAAAGAUUUCACAAGAACUAAAUGGGUAAAAAAUGCCCUUGAAAUUCACGGGGUAGCUAUUUUACAGAGCUACCUCUGUUAUAUUGUUGGUCUGAUUCCUCUUGCAGCUGUGCCUUCAAAUCUGACCCGUACACUGUUCAGGUGCUUGUUUUUAAUAGCAUUAGUCACCUUCUUUCACUGCUUUGCCAUUUUACCUGUGAUACUGACUUUUGUGCCACCAUCCAAGAAAAAAAGGAAAGAGAAGAAGAAUCCUGAAAAUCGUGAGGAAAUAGAGUGUGUUGAAAUGGUGGAUAUGGAUAGUACCCGAGUGGUUGACCAAAUUACAACAGUCUGACUUGUUUAUUGCUUUUUCACACUAGGUCUUAUUGUCAGAAAAAUAAUUCAUAUUGAUUAAAUAUUAGGUUUUUCUUAGUUUUUAUUGCCCCUAAACCGAAACCAAGAAUAUCCAAAAUGGUGGGAGAAAGAAGAAAAAGAAAAUUGUCCCUGGAUUGGUCUCUGCAACAGAAACAUUGUAAAUGAGAAAAUUUCUUCGCAAACCAUGCAAAGAGUGUGAAUUUUAGUCACUUGAGAUAAGAUUCAAUAAGGAAGAUAGGUUGCUAAACGCGGUGUGUUGCCUUGUCUAUACUGGAGAUACUGCUAUUAUUGUUGCUGAGUUCAAUCAAAUUGAAAGGUCAACUGUCAAGGCUGAAGUAGCGUUAAGUGUUCAUCCAGAUGUAAAGGCUUUAUAAACUUUCUGCACAGCAAUAACUCAAGUUAGUGAGUCAGCUCCUGUAGGUCUUAACCAUCACAUUUCUGUUCUUUUAUCCCCCCUCCCUCCCCCCGCCGUACACAUUUAUGCAGGUUUGUAUUACAUAUAACAAAGGGGACAGGGAAAGAAGACUGUACAUAACCAAAUACUUUCAAAACAAAUUUGCAUUACAACUCACUUUUUCCUCUAAAAAUAUUUAUUUUACAAGGUAAUUAAUUUCCUAGAACAAUUUUAAACCAAUUCAUGGUUUUGUAGCUAUUCCUUUUUCUAGAAAAAACAAAAUAAUAACAAAAAACCUCAGUGACUCCAAUACUCUAAAAAAUUCAAAAUUCUAUUUUAUUAAUGUCUUGCUACUAAUUUAACAAGGAAUCUGCUUUACCAAUUGUAGUUUUUGUUAGCAUUAAAUUAAUAUAUGCCAAUGGAUCAAAUAGCAGAUAAAAAAUGGUGUAACUGAAUAUUUCAGCACCAAAAUCCAUUAAACAAACCUCAGUUACCUGAUGUCAUCAUGGAAAAGUGAAUGUUAGGGCUUCUUUAGUAAGAACCUAUUUCAGGCCAUUCACUAGAAAUUAAGUAAUAGUUUUAUGUAAUCCAUGAUUUAAUCCCUCAAGAUUUCUAGAAUACCUGUAAAGCAAUACACCUUGCUUUUAUGGGCUCUUGCAAGAGACCUUAGAGCAUGUCCAUAUGAGAAGCUUCAGGUUUAUCUAUCUUCUAAAACAGUCUGUAUCAAAAGGGGACUACUGAAAACAUCACAUUUAGAAUAUGUAUGCACGCAUGCAUGCACACACAUACUUCUGAAUCUUUUUGGAGCAUUAUGUUCUAAAUCAAGUUAGCAUUUAUGAUGUGGAGUAAUGCAGAUAAAGAAGUAGCUCUCCUCUGGGCCCUUAAGAAACACAGGACACAGUGUGAGGUAUUAUAUCAAAUUAGAACCCCUACUGGGAACAUUAACCAAUUGAAUAGGUUUUACUGAAAGCAUUCGAACUAAAACUGGUAAAUGAAAAAUCAGUUACAUGGAGGUAAAUUCUGUGUCAGGUGUUCUAGCGAAAAUACAGAUAUUAUAUCUAGAUUACCGUUAAAAUUUACCCCAAGGGUCAAACUAUUACAGAGCUUUUUUACCUGGCACAAUAGUCAUCUAAAUUGUGGUCUGUGGAAUUCUAAUUGAUGUUAUAGGUGCCAUGUAGCUUGGAUUGUUUCGAGUCUUUUAGCAUCAGGAGACUGCAUGUGUUGCUCCAUGAUGACUGUCGGUGUUGUAACAAAUCAGUGGUUUGCUUGCUGAUCUUCAGCACUCAUUCAGAGUGAUGCCUGCAAGAACUAUAUGAAAUCCCCAAAUUCUACUUUGUGGGUUUUAAUUUUCAAACAAAAGGUAUUUUUCCUUAGCACCAUGUAUCAUACAUUUUCCCUUUCCCAUAUAUCAUACAUUUUUCCCCAUUUUCCCCUUCAUACUAGCAAAGCAGGUAUUUGGAGCACAGCUGACAACAUUUUAUACCCUUGAGCACCCUUUUUGGUACUCAAAAGCCAAAUGAAGUCAUAUCCAGUUCUAAUAGGCCAUUUGCUUGAGCAAAGUGGAUUUGCAUAUAGUAUCCACUAGAAUAUGGCAUUAUCAUUCUUGCCAGAUAGACAGGCAGUCUGGGGGACAGCCUCAGGCUUCAAGACAAAUGAAUCUAAGGAUGAAUGAAAAGGUACUUUGGAGAAUACCCUCUUCAAGGACAUAGAUUUUAUUUGCCUUUCUGUUGAUUUUCUUUGGGCUCAAGAUUUUGGGCUAUAUUUUCUACCCAGAUUGGGCACAAGGGACUUUCAUGAACAUAUACCAGUGAUUCUCAACCAGGCUGCCAGGGCACCCUGGGGUGCUGCCAGAUCUUUUGAAGGGUUCUGCGAUGUGUGAGGAGAUAAGUGAGGUAAUAGGUGAUAGGCAGAUAAACUACGCAAAUAAGUGUUGUACCUGCCUGGACGAUCCCCCAUCCCCAGUGCCAGGCCCCUCUAGAUUACAAGCACUGUAAUCUAUAGAUUAGUUUUUAAAAUUGUGCACCACAAUUCACAAAAGAUAUGGAGGGGUGCUUCGAGUCCAGUGAGGGGUGCCUCCAGUCCAAUGAGGUUGAGAACCACUGACAUAGGCAAACAGCUUUGUUUUGGUGACGAUCCUAGACUUUCCAUGCAAUUAUAUCCCUCCAAGUUCCACUUUUUCUCAAGAAUGUUAAACACAGGCCAUGUCUACAUGAGUUGUUACUGCACAGUCAUUUAGUACUUGCAUAUCCAAGUACUAAAUGAUUGCGCACUAACCAGCAUUACUGUGCAGUAGUGUCUCUGCAUGGCUUCCUGGUGACGCUGACUGUGCAGUAGCGUGCACAAGCUACUGUGCAGUAAGCGUCUCAUGUAGACACAGUCACAAUGUUGCUUUUUGCAAGCUGAACUUGGAGAGGCAUUUGAAAGGUUGAUUAUUUCAUAUCUAGUUAUGAGCUGGACUCCUUUAAUUAGUUCCCAAAUACCUCUUUAUAUUAGAUUUUAUGUGGCAGCCAUUAUGUAGUCCAAAUAACAAUGUUCUACCUUUUCAACAGGCAACCAGAAUAGCUCCUAAACUUCAGCAAAUUCCAUAGUUAAUAAAUCAAUUGAUAGUUGAACGCUACAUUAUAAACCUCUUUACAUUUAAUUUAAAUGCACAGCUCAGAGUGUCUUUAAGUACUGGCCAGGGACAAGAUGGGUAUCGAAGCUUGUAACUUUAUAGAUCUCUUAUUAAAUCAAAAUGGAGUGAGGCCUUCCAACAAUCUCCAAUAUAGAAGGCAAAAUGAAAAGAAACCUCCCCUAUUGUCUUAACAUUUGUUGGAGAGAAAGUCUUGAGGCAAAGUGGUAUCUUUCCCUCAAUCCCAUGGAAGCCCUUCUAUACAAGGUCCAUGUAACUGGGUUUUGGGAGUAUGCAUGUUGUUGGCUUAGCCAUGAUGUGGCAGAGACUGGAAGGAGUAGGGCAGGGCUACUUUUUGCAGCAUUCUUCCCUCAGAAAAAUACACAAGAAUUUUCCCACACACCAUAAUCCUCAAUUUCCCAUUCCCAAUCUUCAGGAAUAGGUUUUUGUUAUGUACAUUCAGGGAAGUAACAUGAUUACUUAGCUUGAUAUAUUGCCCUCAAAAUGCCUAAGGAACACCUUGGGCUUCCAAGCAUGUUUCAAGAUCCAUCAGGUCCCCAUAGUGUGUUUUAGUUAGGAGGGCCAUACCCUACCCUAAAACACCUUCUCCUACCCUAGAUCACCUUCCCCCAACAUGAGGGCCAGACACUGCACAGCCUCAAGGUCUUAGACUAUUAUGCAUAACUUCAGCCACCCUUUCUCUUGGAUCUUCCCUCUGUAGAAUCUUCCUUCUGCAUGCAGUAGGCCAAAGUUAGGCAUAUCCACAAUAAAUACCAACUAAAAUGUGCAAAUAAUACAGGUUCUUUUGUUAGGCCAAAGUCCCCCCCCUGACUAAAGCAGCACCAGUCACCCAUGGGCCAAAGUUAACCAUACACAAGAUAUUAUCCCUAUUACAAAGCCUCCUUUAGGGAAAAAUCACACAAUGAGCACUUACCACACUCUGGUUUCUUCUGCAAUACAGAAGAUUGCUUUAUUUGUAUGAAAGUUCAGUCAGUAACACAGGAUUAGACACUGUCAGGAACUGACUAAAAGUUAACUGAGGGAAUUUUAUCUGAGGAUAAGAAUAUAUUACACAGGCUUUUUAUUUUAAACAAGGCCAAAUAUGAUUACUGUUCCAUUAGACCAGUGGCUCCCAACCUCAGGUUGCGACCCAAAUCUGGGUCGCGGUGGGGUCCUCCCCUCGCUCCACCCCUCCCACCUGCAGGGCUCUCGCAGCACAUGGUCCAUGCAGCUCUCACUGCUGCUGCCUCCCGUAAUCCCAGCCUGGCCCAAGCUCUGCUAGCACUACGGGCAUAAGUGAGUCGGCAGCAGGGCGGGGGUCAUGACCCAGAUUUAGGGUUGCAGCAAAAAAAGGUUGGAAGCCGCUGCAUUAGACCAUAAAUGACUUACAAACAAUAAUAUGUUCAUACAAUAUUGUUCAGAGCAUUUUUUACUAAUGGAUAAGCAUAAAAAAUAAAAGAAAGACCCUAAAUGUAUAUAACCAUCAAGUUCAUCUGAGUCUUCUAUUUUUCAGCAUCAUUCUCUAUGGAGGCAUAGGAAGAGUUCUGUUUCACUUUGCAAGUAUUCCAGUCUUGGGGAAAAAAAUAAAAGGAAGAAAACUGGAAUAUCUAGAAUAAUUUCACAGUAAUUAUUCUAGAUUCUGGUCAUGCCAGAAUUUUCUGUCCAAAACUUUAACUGACAAUGUUCUAGUUAGAUUAAAAUUAGAGCUGUGAAACCCAAGGAAAACCUGUCUGGCAAGGAGAAGGUGCUCUAUUUCCAAAUGCAAACAAGCUCAGCAUGGUCAAGCUUUUUGAGCCUAAAAGGAAAGCAGCACUAACAUGGUGUGGUGUUAUUUUGAAAUGUCCCAGCAUUCACUUCAUCCUUCCUAAACCAGAGCUGAAUUACAAAUGGAUGUAGAAGUGGCAAGUUGCAAACAGUAGAGAGUAUUUUCAAGUGUGCUUCUGGGCUUACCCCGGAUUGGGCAGCUGCAAAAUCCCUCCUCCCACCACAACCAUUUUGGUUUCUUUCAUUACAAAAGAAGAGAAGAAAAACAAAUAAAAAAGGGAUGUUACAGCUUGUCAAAGUCCAGAAGCACUGAGCAGGAUAGUGCAACAAUGGUAAACUCCUUCAGAGGAAAAAUUGUAGGUUUUCCUAGUUUCCUAAUAUUACCAAACCACCAGUUUUCCUGACUGCUAAAUAAAUUGUUUUUUGGAUAACUGUAUGCCAAACUAACAUAUAAAUACACACACUUUAUUAUUUAUCCUAAUACUUGUGGGCCAAAUCGCCCGAUAGAAAAAUUCUUGUAAACUGAUUCUACUUCAUGGGGAAUGGGGACAGGUAGAGGAGGGUACAUAUCAAGAGUUCAGGCUUCCUAUGCACAAUGGAAGCCAUUUUAACGUGGACAACAGUUUGGAGGUAGUGCUGAACAAUGCCAGGGAAAGUGUGGAAUGUGUUCAAUGGAUUAGUGACUUUGGGAAUCCACUUGAUCACAAAGCAUAUUGCUAUAGCAUACUGCAACAGGUCCAGCUCAUAGCCCCAGCCCAGCAGAGCACUUGGUUGCACAUGUCACUUUAAGCACAUUAGUAAUCCCAUUCACUUAAAACUAUUUUUACAUUUAAAUUACAAAAAUGCCUAUAUGCUUUUUGCUGAGUCAGAGCCCACCAGUACCAGGAGCCCCCAUAGACAAACUCUCCCACCAUUUAUUUUUUUAAAUCUUUAGAGUGCUUUCCUAUGCAAAUAAUUUCUAUAAACUAAUUCAAUACUUCACUCAAUCAGUAUCAAAUGGCACUACUCCUGUGUGUUUUUUUCCCUUUUGUUUUUAUAAAUACUGUACUUAUAUUGGGUAUGCUUCUAAAAUUAUCAGUCAUCUGCAUUUGUAAAUUAGAAACAGCACCUAUUCAUUGCAGUUCCAGUUCUGCAGACUGUCUACCCAGUAGGUCUUUGGUGAAUCUUUGACUAAUGGCAUCAACUGGAAAUUAACAGCUAAUCCAUCUGCCAUAGAUUACAUAUGGGCCCAGAGUCACACCACCCACACAGGUGAAUCCUUUUCUCACUGAGACUCUGACUGGUAUGGGGCUUGCAUUUAUAGAUUCCUGGAUAUGAGCCUUCAGUUCAAAUUGUGACAGCAGAAGUGCAAGGAUAAACUCUUAUCCUGCCCUGGCUACUCUGAAAAGACCUUCCUAACGGGAUGCAGAGAAGUUCUACCAGUUUGCAAGAGCAUAAGGUGCAAGUUUCGGCCCACAUAUGUAUUUUUAUGGGUAUACCCCUUAUUCAGCAAUGGCCCCUGUACAGCAGCUACCCAGAAAAUAAGAGUGCAAUAACAUUGCUUCACAGGCAUCACAUGUGGCCAUUUCAACAAAUGCACUUCUUAGACUAGAGUUAGUUUCUUAUCAUUUACAUUCUAAAAUUCUCACCUCUGUUUGGGGAGGGGGGAAAUCGAUCAUGAUUCUAGACCCUGUUUUGAAUUUUCCUGUUCCAAGAUAUUCAAAGGCCCUAAACCAGAUGUGAACUAAAUGGCUUGCAAGAUUUCAGGUGAUUUUUAAAUACAUUUUUGCACUAAUUUAGGAAAAAUGACAUUAUUUUAGAAAUCUCAACGUGUAGGGGAUGCCUAAAAUAAAAUGUCUCUCUCUCUCUCUCUCUCCUUUCUCUGCUCCCAAGCUGCAACAGAAUCCCAUUUCAUACUGUAGUUAAGAAACAAGUUGCUUUGGCCAAACCUUAAUGUCAGCAUGCAAUAUGAAUAACAAGAAUGCAGGAGGGUAUUCUGUGAAGAGUCCCCACAUCAGGCUGAAGAGUGAGACAUAUGGAGGGGCUAUUGCCCCACCUUCAGAGCUAUGGUGGCCUUAACAAAUGGGCAAUGCAUACAAACUGCAUCACCAUUGGUUUAAUGUGCCUCAUAAUGAGCCCUCUGAGCACAUAGCUCAGCAAUAGCAUUGGGGACAGAUUUUCUCCUCAUAAAUGAUCCAAUGCAUACCUGGAGAAUAGAACAAAUGCAUUCUGCAGCAAGCCAGUCCCUCCAUCUUCAUGUAAUUUGCCCUCUGAAUGUAAACAAGCAUGUUAUUCCUGCUCCCUAGCUACUUCCAGUAACAGAAUUUCAGCAGCACUUAGCCAGUUAUUUAAAAAUAAAAAUCCGUAAAUAGUUGCAACUGGAUUGAGGGGCUUAGUGGCUCAAAAUCCAGGAUUGUUUUAGCUACCCAAGCAAUGGGACCACCAUUAUUUUUGGAACUAUGGGUCCUAAAACCUUCUUUAACAACAACUUAGUAGUAUCCGUCAACAUGAUGGCAUUCUCUGCAGCCCCAAAAGAUGUAUCCUCCUUGGUACUGGACAAAACUAAGGACAUUGGGGCAGAACCCUGUCCAGGCAUAUCUGCAGCCUUUCUGUGCCUGACUUUCUUCCAGCAGUAGUGUUCCCUCUCAGCCCCCAUAGGCUGGGCACUGAUUAACAGCGUCAUUUUAAAUAUACUUCUGGCCAGAAUUUAAGGAAGGUCAGUUCCUAUUUAGGCACCUAAAUGAAGAUGCUAUUGGAGCUGCUGCUUGUUGAGCUCUUUUUAAAUUCUGUCCAAAAAUGGCCUUAGUCACCUUCCUCCUUUUCUAUUUGUUGAGUUCCACCCAUUCAUUAUUUUUAAGCCAGAAGUCAACCUCUCUCAGUGCUGUUGCUGUGCUGACUGACACUUCUUCAGGCCCAUUUGGGCUGUCUGCUUCAGUGCAGAAGUAAACCAUUACCCUGAGUGAUAAGUGUGCUAGCAGCAGUUGCUCUGUCACACCUGGCUGCAGCAAUCAGAUAAAAAUCAGUCUGCUCAAAAGAGCAAGUGAGCCAGACACAAGCCCAAGUCACUAUGAGCUGCAGCAAGCCUGGGAGCUGCAAAGUAUUGCUUUUGCCCAAGUGUUACUCUCUGAAGCUCUCUGUCACCUUAAUUUAAUGGUGUUUGUGAGUCUGGAAGUCAAAUGACUAAGGUAGAUUAAUCAAUUGCACUUAUUGUUUCUACUCCAGUCCCUUUCGGUCAUUCUUUAUCAAAUUGUCCAAAGACCAAGAUUUUCAUGCAUCAAUAGCAGAAACAGAAAUCAAAAAUAUUGAUUUUCUGAUAGCUAAAUUAAUGCAAGUGACAGCAUAUCUAAAUGUCUUUCAAGAAUCCAAGGAAGAAAAUGUCUGUACAGUACUAAGGUGCACUCCCAGCCAACUUGACCAAGCCUGUGAGACUAAUUCUCCGUACAUGUAAGCAACUUAAAAUAUCUCCUUUAUGCCUUUGUUUCUGAAAAAAGAAAUCCCUGUCCACAGACAUACCUUAUGGGGCAGGCAGAUAGGAUGUGAUUUGUUAAUUAGUGAAGCAUACAGUUGUAUACCACAAAGGUACACAAAAAUGGCAUGCUGGCAUUCCAUAUGCAAUUCUUGUGCUAGGGCAUGCAAAUGAAAUCCUUUUGGCUACAAAUUUCCACAGGUGGUUGCUAAUAUAUUUACCUGCUUUGCACUCAUAAAUUCAGCAUCAACAGCUUAUGCAAGUGCAAACGUGCACAUGCUAACACUUGCACUUACCGCUUAAGAUUUUUUUUUCACUUUACUGACUGCAAAGACGUGGAGGGCCGGUCAUACAAAUAUUAACAUUUGCUGAUGUUAGAGAACCACAAAUGUCUGUUUGUAGAAAAUCUGGGGGAUAAGAUACUGCACACAGAAAGGUAGACGCUGUGCCAAGGUAUAGGUUAAAAGAACAUUAAGAGUUAUAUAGAUAAGAGCUUGGCAUUGGUCAUACCCCAUGUAUAUACAACAUAGCAUACUAUAAGUUAGGGGUGGCCAACCUGCAACAUAUAUGCCACAAGUUGCAUAGCCCGCCUCUGCAUGUGGCACAUGGCAGAGUGGGGAGGGGGCGGGCAGCACAGUGGCAGAUAGGGCAAGGGGACUAAAGGAAAGCAGCAGAUCAAAAGGGAGCACAGAGCAGAGCAGAAAGCACAGAGGCAGAUCAGUCAGGGAAAGAGGAUCAGAGAGGCACUCUGUGAGGGUGCAGGGCUUAAUUUAUAGCACACAUGCCAAAAAGGUCAGUGCCCACUACUAUAAAUUAAAUGCAAAAACAUUCCAUCAAUACUCUCUUUGGCUAUGUUCAUUCCCUUUUACGAUUUCGCUUUUUGUGAACUUUCAUGUUUUUGUGAACUUUCAUGUAUUUAAGCCAAACAGCCACAAAUGCUUCCAGAAAGUUUUGAGUGAGUUUUCAUAAGACAAAAUUUUAAAUUUGUACACAUACCACCUUUGUGCCAGAAGUAUUUGACUACUGUCCAGCCAGUCAACAGAAACAAUGUGCUAUGAUGAUUUAUCUGGCCUAUCACAAAACAACAAUAUAACUUGAAUGGCAAAUAUCACAUAUUUGCAGAGAACUGGUAAAAAACCAAUCUACAGACCAAAUGCAGUAUCCUCAAAUAUAGUUACUAUAUGAAAGCAAUUUGUUAUUUCAAUAAAAAGUGUUUAUAUCGCUGGAUAAAUUAUGUAUUGAUAACUAUAUAACCAAUUAACUUAUAAACACAAACACUUAGUAUGUACAUAUCCAUGUGCAUCUGCGCGCACACAGUAUAAUAUUAAAUGUUAAAUAUAUUUCAUCCCAUAUUCCCAACUCAAUUUAUACCCAUAAUAAUAAGAGGUGAAAAAAGCCAGUAUGACAACACAGCACUGAGUGUUAGUAGGGAAAUCUGCUUUUGUGGCAUUGAAAGUAGUGAUGAAUUGGCAAAGGGCAAGCAAUAGGGAAGCUAUUAAGGCAUUUA